UUUAAGGAAACUCUCAAUUGGAUAAAACACAUAUUACAUGAUCAUCGCUGUCAGGAUUGGGCAAAAGAUGUGUCAAUCAAGUACAAAUGCGCUUCCCACCGCGUUGGAUGCAUCUGCAGUUUUUUUCCCUCUCUCGUUUACAGGGAAACUACCAGCUGUGGAGACAAAGUAGCGAAAAAUGAUUACAAAAUUUGAGAAAUGAUACUUUUUAAUCAAACAGAACCCGUAUAUUGCUUGGAUCCCCGUUUAACAACACACAUCUAGUAAUAAGACCACUAACAGCCCAGCCAGUAGAGGCUCUGCUGGGAUCAAUGCAGACUCCCCCUCCGCUCCUCAGUGCCUGUGCCUGGGUCAACAGUUUUUGUCGGCUCAGAAAAUUGGCCACAGGUGAACUCCCGGAGGCCCAUGAAACGAUGUCGGUCAACGUCCAUGAAAACCGCAAGUCCCGCACCAGCACGGACUCCAUGAACAUAUCUCUGUUCCACAAGCCGUCGCACCCGGACAGCGUGCUGACGCACCUCAACACGCUGCGCAAGCAGUGCAUGUUCACCGACGUGACGCUGUGCGCGGGAGACCGCUCCUUCCCCUGCCAUCGGGCCGUGCUGGCCGCCUGCAGCCGCUACUUCGAGGUCAUGUUCAGCGGCAAGAUGCGGGAGAGCCAGGCCAAAGAGGUGGACUUCCGCGACAGCGUGCACCCCGAGGUGCUGGAGCUCCUGCUGGACUUCGCCUACUCCUCCCGCCUGGUCAUCAACGAAGAGAACGCCGAGUCGCUGCUGGAGACCGGCGACAUGCUGCAGUUCCACGACAUCCGGGACGCGGCCGCAGAGUUCCUGGAGAAGAACCUGCACUCCUCCAACUGCCUGGGCAUGAUGCUGCUGUCGGACGCCCACCAGUGCAAGCGGCUCUACGAGCUCUCCUGGCAGAUGUGCCUGCUGCACUUUGAGUCGGUGAGGGAUACCGAGGACUUCUACAGCCUCUCCAAAGACAAGCUGCUGGACCUGAUCCUCAGCGAUGAGCUGGAGAUGGAGGAUGAGCAGCUGGUCUUCAGCGCGGUGAUGCGCUGGGUCAGGUACGACCUGGACAGCCGCAGGGACCACCUCCCGGAGCUGCUGCGGGGCAUCCGCCUGGCUCUGCUGCCCUCCGAGUGCCUCAUCGAGGCCGUGGCCUGUGAGGAGCUGGUGGUGUCGGACAAGCGCAGCAUGCAGAUCGUGGAGGAGGCCAUGCAGUGCAAGAAGAAGAUCCUGCAGAACGACGGGGUGGUCACCAGCCCCUGCGCCCGCCCGCGCAAGUCUGGGCACACGCUCCUCAUCCUGGGGGGCCAGACCUUCAUGUGCGACAAGAUCUACCAGGUGGACCACAAAGCCAAGGAGAUCAUUCCAAAAUCGGACCUGCCCAGCCCAAGGAAGGAGUUCAGCGCCUGUGCCAUCGGGUGCAAGGUGUACGUGACAGGGGGGAGGGGGUCCGAGAACGGGGUCUCGAAGGACGUUUGGAUAUACGACACGGUUCACGAAGAGUGGUCCAAAGGAGCCCCCAUGUUGAUUGCUCGUUUUGGCCAUGGUUCUGCGGAGCUGGAGAACUGUCUCUACGUGGUGGGCGGCCACACGGCCAUUGCGGGCGUUUUCCCAGCAUCCCCUUCGGUGUCGCUCAAGCAGGUGGAGCGCUACGAUCCCCUCGUCAACAAAUGGACCAUGGUGGCUCCCCUCAGGGACGGCGUCAGCAACGCAGCCGUGGUCAGCGCCAAGCUAAAGCUCUUCGUCUUCGGCGGGACCACCAUCCACAGGGACAAGGCCUCCAAGGUCCAGUGCUACGACCCUCUGGAGAAUCGCUGGACCAUCGCGGCAGAGUGCCCACAGCCCUGGCGCUACACGGCCGCUGCCGUCCUGGGCAGCCAGAUCUUCAUCAUGGGCGGGGACACCGAGUUCACGGCGGCCUCAGCGUACCGCUUUGACUGUGAAACCACCCUGUGGAGCCGUGUCGGAGACAUGACGUCCAAGCGCAUGAGCUGCCACGCAGUGGCGUCGGGAAACAAACUCUACGUUGUCGGGGGUUACUUUGGAGCUCAGAGGUGCAAGACAUUGGAUUGUUAUGAUCCUACCUCCGAUAGCUGGAACAGCAUAACAACAGUGCCUUAUUCACUCAUUCCCACGGCAUUUGUCAGCACUUGGAAGCAUCUUCCCGCAUGAAAGCACUAUAUCAGGACUUCUAAUCGAUUGGAUGCCAUGUUGUCUGCCACAGAGACUGCUGGGGUUGGACUUUCUCUCCAAUGGUAGCAUGCGCCAGGGGUGUGGCUCAGCUGUGACUGGCUGUGCUUUCUGAUUCCCCCUCCCCAGCCACAGAGCAAUGGAGAAUCCAGGACUGCUGGAGUAUGGUGUGUCACGGACCAGCCCCUUCAACGCACAAAACUGAGACGACUCCCUGCCUGUGAUAGGCUGAUGCAUGACUCCUGACAGAUGACACAUAAGACAUUUUGCACCAUUUGAAUGGUGGGGACUCAUUAAGGUCUUCAAAAGGAUCAAUGCACAUCUUUAGUGAAUCCCUCAGUGAUAAGCCCUCAUCAACUGUAGGUGAAGAGUCAUCACUGAUCACUAAGAGAUAAAUUGCACUGUCAUUUAUAAAUUGCAUUUAAAAUGAGUCAGGUUAACCUGGUUUACAUUUCAGUGUCUGUGAAGAAACUCAGCAGAUUUUCUUUAUGAUUUUUUAGGAAACUGAACAUUUACUUGCAUUCCUUCUUAAAACACUGAAUGGUGAAUGUGUUGCAUGUACAUGUUUUGCUACAGUGUUAAAAUGGUCCCCCUCCUGUUCUCUGACUGGCUCAGUGUUUAAAGGGGUUUCAUUGACUGUUGACCAAGAUCCUGUGUGUCCAUUCCAGGGGGACCACCCUGUGCUAUCUCCACCAAUUUUAUGGUGACCAAAAAUGUCUCAACUAAAUCUUUAAAAAAAAUUACUCAAAAGGUAAUCUUCCAUUCUUGUCUGAACAACAAGAUGAAUUUCAAGUGAUUUUACUCAGUACACAGCCAUAUCUGGGGAAACACAAAGCAAUCUGAAACCCCCUGCUCAGCAUUAACAUGGAAUCGAUUUUGGUUUAAAAAGCAUUUUGAGAUUAUGGAAAGUAUUAAAGUGAAUGCAGUUAAUGUACGCAGUAAGUAUAUUAAGCAGUAUGGGAUUUGCAUUUGGCAUUAUGUUUGGUUGCAUACAGUAAAUUAUGUUUUAACUGGAUAAUUCUAUGAAUUUGAAUUUAGUGCUUUGGAAUAGUUUGAGCGAUUGAUUUACAUCAUGAGGCAGUGUGCAUUUUACAUACAUUUCAGAUGUUAUUGGCCCCAUGACCUGAAUCAUUGUGCCUAAUACUGGUAGAUGUCAGUAAUCACCAUGAUCUGAAUAAAUUGGUCUGGACAUUGUU